UUCUACGGACGUUUGUGAUCGGACUCCAGGCAAAGUUUCACUGUUUGGUUUCUCUCCAUCCCUCGUUCCUCUGUCCCGUGCGGCGUCGGCUAGAUCGUGGGCUCCGGCGACGGCGGUUGAAGGGCGACGGCUGCGGCAGGGCGUAGGAAGCCCAUUUUUGUAUCUCAAAUCAAGAUUAGGUUCCUAUAAGCUCUGAAGAAAUGGAAAUGGGUGACAAGGCGGUCGGUCUUGUGUUGACCAUGACGAGUUUAUCCAUCUUUACCUACUACACUUUCUGGGUCAUAAUCUUGCCAUUUGUUGACGAUGAUCAUUUUGUCCACCAAUACUUUCUACCUCAAGAAUACGCCAUCUUCAUCCCUGUGUUUGCCGGUGUAGUGCUUCUUUCGUUCCUAAGUAUAUUCAUCGGUCUUGUGAUGAUGAAGUCGAAGAAAAAGAAGGCCGCUUGAUUGAUUUGGCGGCUCCCCCGCUGUUCCAGUGGAGUUUCUGGUUUACUUAAACCUAGUAGACAGGUUUCGUGGAAGAUUGUAUUUCAUUGAGCUCACUUGUGAUCUAAGGCUUUCUCGUGGCACUUACAAGCGGGUAUUUGCGUGUUGGUAAUUAUUGAUCGCAAGAAUAAACAUUGGUCAAAUAUCAAGUGUUGUUACAUCGAUAAUUCUCGGAUGAUAUGUUAGAUCAAUGUAGUCGGCACUCAACAUGUAUCAUGCUUCUGCUUCUGUGUAGUUUGACA